CGGGUUUCAUGGGGCUCCUCAGGAUUAUGAUGCCGCCCAAGUUGCAGCUGCUGGCGGUGGUGGCCUUCGCGGUGGCGAUGCUCUUCUUGGAGAACCAGAUCCAGAAACUGGAGGAGUCCCGAUCGAAGCUAGAAUUUGCAAAAAGCCUUUGGAGAUAUUAUAAAGAGCAGUCUAUCAAAAAACAUCAAAUCCAGUUGAAGUGCAACUGAAGAUGAAGAGGAGCUAAGGAUAAUUCCAGCCCUCAACUCGAGGGUGAUCAUUUUGGGAUGAUUUUCCUCUGCAUGGGUGACUCAGGGUCUUUGGGUACCUUCUGUAUGCAGUUCUGCCAUCCCCUCAGACUUCAGAGUUCUCUGCCGUCACCCAGAGAAGAAACAAGACAGGGUGAAGGAAAGGGCUAUUGCAAGACAUGAAGUCCGAGAAAUUGAGCAACGUCAUACAAUGGAUGGCCCUCGGCAAGAUGCAGCUUUAGAUGAGGAAGAUGACAUGGUGAUCAUUUAUAACAGAGUCCCCAAAACCGCAAGCACCUCUUUUACCAAUAUUGCCUAUGACCUGUGUGCAAAGAAUAAAUACCAUGUUCUUCAUAUCAACACUACCAAAAAUAAUCCAGUGAUGUCACUACAAGAUCAGGUACGCUUUGUGAAGAACAUCACUUCCUGGAAAGAGAUGAAACCCGGGUUUUAUCAUGGACACAUUUCUUAUUUGGACUUUGCAAAAUUUGGUGUGAAAAAGAAGCCAAUUUACAUUAAUGUCAUAAGGGAUCCUAUUGAGAGGCUAGUUUCUUACUAUUACUUUCUGAGAUUUGGAGAUGAUUAUAGACCAGGGUUAAGAAGACGAAAACAAGGAGACAAAAAGACGUUUGAUGAAUGUGUAGCGGAGGGCGGCUCAGACUGUGCUCCAGAGAAGCUCUGGCUUCAAAUCCCAUUCUUCUGCGGCCACAGCUCAGAAUGCUGGAAUGUGGGAAGCAGGUGGGCUAUGGAUCAAGCCAAGUAUAACCUAAUUAAUGAAUACUUUCUGGUGGGAGUUACUGAAGAGCUUGAAGAUUUUAUCAUGUUACUGGAGGCAGCUUUGCCCAGGUUCUUCAGGGGUGCUACAGACCUCUACCGUACAGUAGGAAAGAAAUCUCAUCUUAGGAAAACCACAGAGAAGAAACUCCCCACUAAACAAACCAUUGCAAAACUACAGCAGUCUGACAUUUGGAAAAUGGAGAAUGAGUUCUAUGAAUUUGCACUAGAGCAGUUCCAAUUCAUCAGAGCCCACGCUGUCCGAGAAAAAGAUGGAGACCUCUACAUCCUUGCACAGAACUUUUUCUAUGAAAAGAUUUACCCUAAAUCAAACUGAGUACAAGGUGUGACUAUUUGAUUUUUCAACUAAAACUUGGACCCUGUCUUCACCUUAGUUCUCAGAUCCACAGUUCAUAUUGAGCCAAGUUAGGAACAAAAACGAUCAAGGAAAGUAGAUGCUAGCUGGCAUGUCAGUGGCCGAAGAAGUUUAAGGUUCAGCCUUUUUUUUUUUCUAGUUAAAUUUUGGUGGGAGUUACAACCUCCUGCCUGGGAAAAUCCUAUGUAUCACCUAAAGUAAACACAUAGCAGUUCUAAUCAAAAGGCUAAAUACAAUUUUAGAAAAAAUUCUGAUACUCUGUUUUUUGAUAAAGCGCUUUUUUCAACUAACCACGAAUGAAGACCAAUCCAUUUGCUCCUCGGCCUUCACCCGGAGGGUUGGUUACGCAGCUGCACUGAGUAGUGUUGCUGCUGGUGGGCAGUGUGCGCUUCAUUUCUGUGAGUCAAGUUUCAUGAAAUUAUUGGAAUCCUUGAUCAUGUUUGCUAGGAAGUGUCUCUGCUGUAGUUGGAAUUGCCCAUAUUUAUGUAGGCCAUGUUCAUUUCCUUUAAAAAAAUAAUUGCCAUUAGUGUUAAAAACCAAUUCAAACUAUUACUAAUACUGUAAAAAGAUCAAAGCAGUGUUUCUCAUUCCUGUCUCCAGUAUCUAAGAUUGGGGAGACACUACAGAGAACGCUGAAAUUUUAGUUGAGGCUUCCACACAUUAAUAUAAAAGAAAAGUAAGUUUAGUAUUUGUUUCUCCAGGUUAUCUGUAAAGCUGUCAACAGGUACUGGUGACUCCAUAUUAUAACUCCAUUUAGUGAGCUGUGGUAUGGGUAGGGUUUUCCUACUUCUGUACUUUUACUUGUAAACUAUUUUUACUAUGGUGCUUUAUAAUGUGUUUUAAAGCAUUGCAUUUACAAAAAGGAAAAUGCUGUAAAUAUUGCAUAUUUUAUGUAUUUGGACCAAAAGGUUAAAAGUAAUUAGACAAAAGUGGUUUUGCACCCAUUUUAUUAUGUCAAGUAAAACCAUCAGACAUACUGUUCUCGUAUUUCUCAUUUAACUUUAAGAUAUCACUGAAAUUAACCCUAAUAACCUUUCAAUUUUGAUACACAGUACAUUGUUCAGAAUUGGGGGCAGUAGUUAUAAGUGGAAAGAGUCCUGGACAAGGAGUCAGAAAACUUGAUUUCUGGUCCUGGAUCUGCCACUUUUCAGCUGUGUGAUCUUGGGUGAGUCACUUAACCUCUCUCUGCCUCAAUGUCCUCAUCUUGAAAUGAGAGUAGUAAUACCUGCUGUACCUACCUCGCAGGGGUGUUGUGAGGAUUAAAUGAGAUGGCAUAUGAAAGCACUUUGAAACUGUAAAGUGCUAUAUAAAUGUAAGGUAUUAUGGAAACAUCUUGAACAUAUAGUUUCAUACUGUUCAUUUUUUAAAAAAGAAAGGGAAAGUCCACUUAUAAGCUGGUUGAAAAAAAAUUUAAUCUUGAUAUAAAUUUGUGUUUGAUAAAUAUCUUCUCAGUGUUUUAUCUUCCCUGUUUCAACUAUUAAAAUAUGAAGCACCUGUGAAUUCUUAACAAUUCAUGAGCAUCUGCUUGAGUUCAGGAGGUUCCCUGUUUGAAAAAGUCUUCAUUAGCUGACUCAGGGCAGGGAAAAUUUGUUCUUCAAAUUUGGAAGAGUUUUCUGUUUUUAUUUUACAUUACCAUUCAGAAGUGGUAGCUGUUUUGUACCUCUAGUUUUUAAGGUAUAUUUUGCAGUUUCAUUUACCUGGGCAUUUUUUACCUUCUUCACCUUCUUAGAGUGACAGAGAUAAAGAAAUUUAGAAACAUUUUUCUAAAAGAAUAAUCUUUAGUAUCUGUAGUUUAAAUAAAUAUUCCCAAACAAGGCCUCAACAAACCAUGUUAGCAUUGUAGGCAGGUUGCUUUCAAGGCUAUUAAUUACAUGGGAGGCCAGGAGCGAGCACUACUUAUCAAAAAACAUUUAUUAACAAAUUUAGAGAAGAGGAAGUCAACAGAAUCAUUUUCAUACCCUUUCCCCCCAGUAAUAGGAACCUAUUAAGAGAACAUUGACAGGCAUACUUUUCUUAUUUGGCUUUCUGUAUUUUUUGUGUGUAUUAAUGUUUACAGAUAAUUGUUGAAAAUAUAUACAAAUUAUUUCCUUGCCCCAAAGGAAAGCACCAUUUCCAGGUGGAGCGUUUGACAUUUACCUGCUAAGGAGCCCCAGUGUGUUGGUCAUUCUUGGAGUACAUGCCGAGAGCUCCCUGAGGUGCAUUAACUCUUCAUUUAACCAGAGGCGCACAUAGUGCACUAAGCCAGGGAGUCAGUGAGCUUUCUCUAUAAAGGUCGGGAGAGUAAAUUUUUGAGGUGUUGCAGGCCAUAUGGUCUCUGUCACAACUACUCAACUCUGCCAGUUAGCACAAAAGCACCCAUAGACAACACAUAAACGAAUGAGAUGGCUAUUUUCCAAUAAAACAUUAUUACGAAAACAGCUGACAUGCCCAGGGGCUGUAGUUUACCAACCCCCAAAAUAGAUAAUUAUUUAUGGAGAAAUCAUUUUUGAAUCUGUACUCUAGUGGCCUAAAAGAGUUUAUAUACUUUCAAAAGCUCCUAACUUAUAUCCAAAGAAUAGCUUUCUGAUUCAGGCAGUCUCUCCCACAGAUGCAUAAACUUUUAUGACUUAGAUUGCUUCCAGGUGGACAUGUUUUCUUCCCCAGUUUAAUAGUUCAGCGUAGGGGCUUAUUCUACCAUCUUUUAGGGUAGGUUAGGAUUAUCUUUCCUGGAGCCCGAGAAAGGGUCAGAUUUCAUUCCAUCUGGUCCAGUAUAGCCCCAGGAGUCUGAUACGCACAGAGUCCUUAUAAUACCUAACUUUGUAGCAAAUAUAUAGAACCACUGAGACAAUAAUGUAUUUUUUUAAAAUGGCAAAUGUGGUUUUCUUUUUUUAGCCUUUGUGCUUUUUCAGUAUUUUGAUCAUAGGGAAAUUUUUUUUUAACAAUACAAAAGCAAAUCAACCAGUUUGAAUUUUAAGAUAAUGUUAUGUGUGUGUGUAUAUAUACCUAUCUAUAUAUGUUUAUUUCCCCAAAGAGGAAAAAGUACCUUUUUGUUCAACUUGUAUCAACUCCUGUUUUCUAAUUGCUGUGAAAUGGCAAACUGUUGAUAAAUUAUUGUGAUUGUUUUAAUGUAAUGGAGAGGAUAUAUUUUUAUUUUACCCAGCUUUAAUGUGUAAAGUAUCACUUAAAUAUAUCCGAUAGCAACACUUAAGAUAUUGCAUGGGGAUUACUUUGCUUUUCUAUCAUCAUCCAUACUCAUUUGUGCAACUUUGAACAUAUUGGGUACUUCUGAAUUCCUAAUGAUUGGGUUUAAAUUUUUGAAAAUUGGAGAAUUUGAACUUACUGACUUUUAAAGUUUAAAUUUUAUUUUCUAUUCUUAAAACUCAGUUAAUGUCUACAAUUUGAAAUCUACUGUUGUUCUUUCUCUAUAUAUGUCCUAUUGAAAAUUCCUAAAAUUGUUAGUGCCAUCAGUGAUUUACAAACAGUAUUUUGAUAUUGCAGAUGAUUUGCUCAUUGUAUUUGCAUAGUUAGAAAGAAAAUAGUUUGUAGACAAUGACUCUCUUUUUCUAAUAAAAUGAAAUAAAAAUUCUAAAAGCA